UUACUAUGUUCCUUUAGUGCUUCUUCCACUACUACUAUGUGGAUUUUCUUUGAUAUUGCCAAAUCCCUUGGCCAUCUCAUUUGCUAUAAAUCUCAGUUUCCACAAGUAGUAUAUGCAUAUCAAGUCUACUUUAAGAAUGGAAACUCGCGCUCUAUCUCGCAUUUUCCUCCUAGUACUCUGCAUCUACAGCCUUAAAAUCGCGGUUGAUGGAGCUGGAGAAUGCGGGAGAAAUCCCCCGGAUAGAGAAGCCAUAAAGCUGGCUCCUUGUGCAAUGGCUGCACAAGACAAGUCUGCUAAAGUGUCUGCAACUUGCUGUGUUCGAGUGAAACAAAUGGGUAAGAACCCGAAAUGCCUAUGCGCUGUCAUGCUUUCUUCGACAGCUAGGAGCUCUGGAGCAAAGCCAGAGAUCUCAAUGACCAUUCCUAAACGCUGCAACAUCGCUGAUCGUCCUAUCGGUUACAAAUGUGGAGCUUAUACUCUUCCUUGAGGCAGCAGACAGAGAGCAAUAGAUGCGUUCUUUCAAAACCAGUCUAAUUAAAUUGUUACAUGUUCAUUUCAAUAAAUAUUUGGAUCAAAAAGGAUGAAAAUAUAUGACUUUUUACUAAGAUUGUGACUUGUGAUUGU